CCUCCGGCCAACAUGGGAAUAUGUGGACUGCGGUAUAGAGAGAGAGAGAGAGAGUAGACAAGAUCAUGGGAUCUGCAUGUUUUUAUUGCACAAACCCUGCAAAUAUGGAUCGUGCAAAUCUUCUUUAUGCUCUCUCUCUCUCUUUUGAUCGUACCCAGCUGAUCUUCCCUUCUCUCUGUCUCUCUCUAAACUACUCAAUCAUAAAUAAACAGUACUCCCUAGCUCCUCCUCCUCCUCCUCCUCCUCCUCCUCAGGUUUCUUUUCUAUCUUUCUAAAUUCUAAUAAUAGCCCAUUUUAAUUAAGGUCUAUAUCUAUGCAUCUGUGGCCAAAUGCGUUUAACUGAGAUGGGAUUCACGGAUUAAGUCACUUCUGUAGUAAGAAAUAGGAAUUCCUCUGUGUAUAUAAUAAUAUGUCACCCUCAGCGAGCCCCCGUGCUGUAUAGACAAGGCUUGUAAGUUGUAAUAAAGGGAAGAUGUUUCGGGUAGUGUGCAACUUGGCCUGCGUCGUAGACCCAGAUGAGGAGUAUCUUUACGGACGUAUUAAGGCUACGUCUUUGCUGCUUUGCUUUGCUUCCUGAACCGAACAAGGACGUUUUCUUGGCUCUGGUUGCGUGCGUUUGUCUCCAAUUCUCUUCCUGCUUCCGGGCUUUGAGUGAAAGAAUCUCUCUCUCUCUCUCUCUCUCUCUCUCUCUCUCUCUCUCCUCUUUUUUCUUUUUUUCCAUUCUUGUAAAUUUUAGUCUCGGUCCUCUUCUCUGGUCCUAUACCGAGGUCUAAAAGGGAAGAAAGAAAGGGAAGGAAAGGGAAGAACCCACUGAGCGUGCAAAAAAAAAAAAAACAAAAAAGAAGGGAAAGCUAAAAUAGCAAUCCCCAGCUAUUAUAGGCCUCCUUUUCUCUCUCUUGGCAGUGUUUCUUAUUGGGUUUUCGUAUGCUGGUGGGGUUUCUCGAUCGCUCGAGCUGAUAUAUGUUAAUUACUGUUUGGGGGGUUUGAGCAUCUCUGUGUGCUGUGGCCUUUGAGGGUUUUCACGUGUGGUGGAGGUUUUGAGAGGGUUCUACUGUGAUCUCUGCUUUCUUCUUUUCUCUGUUUGAGCCCAUAACCGGAGAUUAAUUUAUGACGACUUGAGGAUGUGCGAUUUCAAGCGUUUCAGUUUUGGUUGAGGGCUUAAGAAAUUGCUUCAUUUUCCCGAGAAAGUUCUGUUUUUUGAUUUUCUUCUCGCUCAUAUCUGGGUCCAAAGUUGAAGCAUAAGGUGGUAAUUUUGCGUAGAGCCAUAGAAAUGGAAGGGUGCUCAAGGAACGGCGAGGCUCGUCCUCAGUUGUUAGAUUUGAUUCCAAAAGACAUAGAAUGGUUAGUGAACAGAGGUGAGGAGAGAAGCCAUGGAUGUUCAGAGGAGAAAAAGCUUGAGCUGAGACUUGGUCCGCCUGGUGAGGACUGGAACGCCAAAGAACACAACAGAAACAAAAGCAGAGAGAAAGAAGAAUCCAUUUUCUCUCUUGGGUAUUUCUCAAAUAUGCAUUCAGUAAACCACGCUGGGACCGUGCUGUCCUCUCCAUGGUCUUCUUCAGGCUACCAAGUCAAGGCCCAGCAACCUUCACAGCAAACGAAGGCUCCAUUUCUGCAAUUCCCACCAACAGCUCAAAGAUUGCCUGCUAUGACCAAGGACUCUUCACAGCCCUGCUGCCCUAAAGUGGUAGAGAUGCAGACUGCGGAAAAGAAAGCAUUUUCCCCAGCCUCUGCUCCAGCAAAUACAGCUGUGCCCAACAGCUCUCAGAAAAGAACUGCUCCUGCUCCAGUUGUGGGGUGGCCUCCAAUUCGUUCAUUUAGGAAGAAUCUUGCCAGUAGCAGCUCUUCAAAACAAGCUCUGGAGCCCCAAAAUGUGGUCCAUGACAAGGUUGCAAGUGAUAAACCAGUGGAAAGUUGCAGAAAAGGUUUGUUUGUGAAAAUUAAUAUGGAUGGAGUCCCCAUAGGGAGAAAGGUGGACCUGAAAGCCUAUGACAGCUAUGACCAGCUCUGCUCUGCUGUUGAUGAACUCUUCAGAGGCCUCCUUGCAGCUCAAAGAGAUUCCUCUGUUGGCGGAACCCAGAACAAGCAAGAAGAGGAGAAAGCAAUUACAGGCUUAUUAGAUGGCAUUGGGGAAUAUACUCUGGUGUAUGAGGAUAAUGAAGGAGACAGGAUGCUUGUUGGGGAUGUCCCAUGGAACAUGUUUGUGUCCACGGCAAAGCGAUUGCGCGUGUUGAAGAGCUCUGAAAUUUCAACACUGGGCCUUGGCAGCAACAAGCAAGGGAAAAUGUGUGUGGUCUCGGCAAUGAAGUGAAAGAGAGAAAAGUUUUCCUUGGAGGAAACACCACUGAAGUUGCAGAGAAUUGAUUUGCGUCUCUAUCGAAUGACAUUUUGCUUGCGUAUUUUCUAUGUCCAUUAUGAAAAUAGGGUUUGUAGUCUACAACCCCCAAGUGGGUUGUAUGAAUGGUUACUUAAUUUGCCUGGGAGAUUUUUCCCCUUGGUCCUUGUAGAAAGAGGAGAACAACCAGACAUGGUUGCAUGUGUGCUUAUGUUAUUAUUGCAUAUGAAGCAAUUCCUAAUAUUUU